GCGAAAGUCAGCAGAUAAGACUUUGACAUCAAAGUCAGGGAGCAGAGCAGAAGGAUCCAAGGGGGGAAGAGAGAGAGCGCGUGUUUUGGAGAAAUUGAGCAGGAAGGGAAGGGAAGGAGGUGGAGAGAGUGUUUUGGAGGGGGCAGUGCAGAGGGGAGGUGGGGUGUUAUAAAUUGUAGGUGGAGUAAUACUGCAAGAAUUUGAGCUGCUGUCCCUGGCUCCCCGGCUGUACGCUGAUGAGGUCAUAGUGUUUUUGGGUUAAAAAAAACAACAACUUCAACUUGUUUUUCAGGAGAGAGAGAGAGAGAAACACACAGAGGCUGAAGAAAUGGAGCAAGUAGCAAAACUCCUUCUGUGGCAGCUUUUGCUUCUGCAAAGGUCUGUUGUUCAUUUGUAUUCAGUCCCAGCUGACAUGUUGAACCCCGAGAGCGUGGUGGUGUCGGUGUCGAAUGUCAGCGCCGUGGCUGGAUCCCAAACUGUCCUGACCUGCAAGAGUUACCGCAUGAUCUGGACCCAGGACCGUCUGAAUGACCGCCAGCGUGUGGUCCACUGGGACUUGUAUAGCAACCAGGAUGGCGAUUACAAGGCGGAGAGGCUGUGUGACAUGUACUCAGCUGGGGAGCAGCGGGUGUACAGCUCCUACAACCAAAGGAGGAUAGCCAUGCCCGAGAAUGCAUUCGCAGAUGGCAACUUCUCACUGGUGAUCAAAGAUGUUGCAGAGAGCGACCAAGGCACGUACUCCUGUAACCUCCACCAUCACUACUGCCACUUGUACGAAACGGUGAAAAUCCAGCUGGAGGUCACCGAGAAAGCCAGGGAAGUGAAGAGGUACUGGGAUGGCGAGAAGGCCGUGAUCGUUGCCUUGCAGGACAGCACCGUGGUGCUCCCCUGCGUGAACCGGAACCAGAUCUGGACUGAGCGGCACAGCGAGGAGGAGCAGCAAGUGGUCCACUGGGACAGGCAGCCUCCGGGGGUCCCGCACGACCGGGCCGACCGCCUCAUAGACCUGUACGCCUCUGGUGAGCGCCGCUCCUACGGGCCUCUCUUCAUCCGGCAGAAGAUGAACAUCACCGAGACGGCCUUCGCUCUGGGCGACUUCUCGCUGCGGAUUUCAGCCCUGGAGAACGCCGAUGAGGGCACGUACUCCUGCCACCUCCACCAUCACUACUGUGGCCUCCACGAGCGCAGGAUCUUCCGGGUCUCCGUGACGGAGCCAGUGAGAGAGAAGAAGGUGGUGAACCUCACUAACCCCAACAUCGUGCCAGCUGUAGAUCCAAACCUAGGCAGGGGCCAUAACGUGAUCAACGUCAUCAUCCCCGAGAGCCGGGUGCAUUUCUUCCAGCAGCUGGGCUACAUCCUGGCAACCCUGCUCCUCUUCCUCAUCCUCCUCAUCAUCGUGGUGCUCGUUACCCGCAAACACCGGAGGAGAGGCUACGAGUACAACGUGAAGAAAUACGAAGAGAAGGACAUGAAUCUCAAAGAGUUUUCAGUUGACACAACCGACCUGACCCAGUACAAAAGCGAAGACAUAAGGCUGGAUUUCAAAAACAACAUCCUGAAGGAGCGGGCUGAGCAGGCCAAGAGCUUCCCAGCAAAGAUCAUCGAUUUAGACAAAGAUUUCAGGAAGGAAUACUGUAAAUGAAGACAUUUGGAAGCUGCUGGCUGGACCAGAAGCUGCAAUUAAAAAUAGACGAGAUGCAUUCCUUAUUACAACAUCCUUCCAGUUACCGUAGAGCUUUCAUUUAGACUUUCUUCCCGUUGGGCGCCAAGGUGUGUGCAGCUGCAUACAAAAAGGUUUAGAUUGGCUGUGUGAUCUUGGAGAUGGUUUUUGGUGGCUUCUUUUUCCCCUUUCCUGUUUAUUUUUCCUUCCCUUUUCUGGAUUUUUUUUGUUCUUUUGCAUCAAUGUUUUUUUUCAGCUGACCCAGAAGAUGUUUAGCUUUAACUUAACAGCAUUAAAUAAACCCCACCUGCACCAUGACCCUGAGCCAUCCAUAUGUCAGGUACUUUUCCGUGCAAUGUGUUUAACAGCGAAUAAGACAGGGUCUGUUUUUGAUCUCCCGUAUGCUGACGUAAAUCAGGAGGAACAGUCAUGACACUUAGCACUUUCCAUAGUCAAGAUGUGGUAUCAAUGUUAGCUAAUCCAUCCUCAUGCCCUGCCAGGAGGGUGAGUAAAUAUUAUCAUCCUCCUCCAGGUGUGGAAACUGAGGUAUAUAAGUGCAGAAACUUGUCUGUGAUUUUGCAGAGGAUAAGUGGCAGCACCAGGAUUAGAUCCUAGAUGCUGUGGACACCUAGCUCUGUCUUAUUCCUCUCAGCCACCCUGCCUGAUUUUUUUAUUAUUAUUUUAAAUGUAUAGACCAAAUCCAACCUUGGCAUGAGCAGGUACAGCUUCCUUUGAAGUCAAUGCAUUAUGUUGUUGGAAAAACAGUGUAAGUUAGAUCAGAACUAGAAAUCUUACUAUGAACAAGGCAAAAUUCUUGGAUCCGUCGGGUGGUUCUCUGCUGCAUGUCCUGCAUUUGCCAGGUGGGUCCUACUCAUCCAGUGAAGUGCAGACCUAACUCCACCCUAUAGGUCUCUUAGCUGCAGGAUGGAUCAGGGAGGAGAAUUUUUCACUAUGGACCAAACCCAGCCCCAAGCACAACUCCCACUGACGUAAAGAGAGGCAGUAUGCUGGGGGUGAACGGAGACCUUAGGUUAGCAACUGAGAUCAAACUCAAUCGGGGACAGUUCCUCAGAUCUGUCACCUAAAAAGAAUGGCUCAGGUGUGGGAAUCUCCCUCACAUCCUCUGCAAUGAAGACUCAUGCAAACAAUUCAUUGAUCUUCUCCACAAUGGCCUUGUCUUCCUUGAGUGCUCUUUCAGCACCUUGAUCAUCCAGUUGAUGAUUUGGCUGGCAUUUCAAAUUCUCCACCAUCGGUUUCCUAUUGGUAAAUUAUCAUCAUAGAGCUGCUCUGGGGAGCAUUCUUUGUUUUUCCAUAAGACUUGGAAGGUCCCAGUGAAGGAGGAACAGAUUCAGAAGGGCUACAGGAUGUGUAUGUCAACAAACUCUCAAAACAGGCUACAGGGCCAUUUCAGGGUGCUAAUUCUUAGGCAGGAAGGUUGAGGAGGGAAAGGAAACAGGAUCAGUUCUGUGGAUGUUGACUUGAUGUUUGGAAGUAGGGGACGUAGGCUGAGAAGCCCUUUGCAAAUAAAUAGCCUGUUGGGCUGGUAUUUCAGGUUUAAAACUGAAUCUCUUUCUGAGUCAACUCUUUGCACGUUGGAAAUCACAGGGUGGAUUCUGCCGUAGUUCGGUUUCCAUUAUCUCCUCACUGGCAGAGGCUGAAUUCUGGAGAUGCCUGGCUGCAGCAAGAAUGCAUUUCAGGCCAAAUUUGGGCCUGGAGUAAGCAACUCAACUGCUGUCGAGUUGCAUCCAUUUACACCAAAGCUGAAUUUAGUUCUUCAAGCUCCAUCAGAGGGAUCAUGGAUGGUGCCCAGCCAAUCUUGUCACAAUGCCGGGGGGCCCUCAUACAUACUUAGAAGCCAGGAUGAGAGGCUUUUAUACCUAAAGGAGUGUGUAAAGGAAAAUGGUGCAUCAUGAGUACCCACGUAGGCUCUGAUUUCUCGCUGAUGGUGGGCAUCUCCUUACAGAAGAAUCAUUUUCUAUGGGAGAGUGCUACUUUAAUGUAGCCUCUUAGGGCAACAUUAGCUAAAGAGCAGACGUGAAAAAAUACUGGUGCGACAUAAUAGGGUAAUUCUUUAACCUCCAGUUAUUCUGGACCCCUCUAGAGAUCCAAGGGCCCCAUAUAGAGAUCCUGUGAUUUUUGAGAAACUUCCCUUAUCCUCACUUAGUCCCGUUGCCUGCAAGCUGCUCGGUGAAGGCAGACCCCUGAUCCCGCGGGACACAGCUGGUAGGAUCAGGGCCCUAGGUUCCACUAGUUGCCCGGCCUCAGAAAGCAGAGAGCCAUUCUUGGCUUGCAUUUUGCGGGGCUUGAUUGAAAUCCAGCCCACAUCUCUGCAGGUGCAGGAGGAAGCACUGGUUAUUCAAUCAGGACGGCACAGUCUCAAGCAAUCAGCAUUAAUGUGUGUCUCUCUCUUUCUCUUUCAUGUCUGUGAGUCAAAGGUUGGACCUUGAACUUGCCAGUUCAAAUUGCUUAGUGCAGCUUAUAUAGACACAGGCUAGAAAUGGGGUCACUUACUCAUAAGCUCCAGAGGAGUUUAAAUAUUUCAUUUGUCUUCUAGGCUGCAAAAUAGCUUAAGGGGAAAAAAUUAACAUGUUUUCUGAACUAGGCACAGGGUUUUGAGAGCUCCCCAUCUUUGCUUUGAUCUCCAGUGUGAAUGUGGGUAGCAGUCGAGCCUGGGGUGUGUGUAACCCUACAUUGCUCGAGGUGGUACUGUGCCCGCCUAGCAAGCAAAUGAAUCAGUAACUCAGAAGAGGUGUUUGUGUGUGACUCCGUGCAGACUCCUGUGACGUCUGUGGGUGGAAUUUUGCUUGUGCCGUGUAUCGUGGUUGCAUCUCUGCACAUGCAGAUACUCAAAGCAAACUGCGUUUCUCACAGUCCACGUGGUGCAGCUGACUUGAGUUUCAGCCUGGGUCCAAAGCUGGCUGAGAAGAAUUACACAAAAACUUGGCCAGGGAAAAUUAUGCCCGGCAGUUGUUAGACGUCCCUCACUGUCCAGGCCACUUUAAGAAAAAACAAAUGAAGGGCCAGGCUGGACGUCUCGCCAGACAGCACAGGAACAAAGGAUUUGCCAUAAUGGAUCAGGCCAUUGUCUGGUAACCUGCCUCAGGCACUACCUGGUGCUUCAAAAGAAGGUGCAAUUCCCUGGCCAAUUGCACUGUGCUGCACAUGGAGGGACAAAAUUCCUCCUUUAUCUCUGGCCUGCCACGGGAAGAUCUGAGGUUGUCAUGCUGGCAGGGUCUAGGAGCACUCAGGAGAGCAACCCCUUCCUUUCCGCGUGCGUGGUAAGAGAGGUGAUGGUUCUUGAAGGAAUCAUGUCCCGACAGAGACCUUACUGUGAUGUUUCCACUGCCAGCUCCUUGGGGCAGGGACCAUAUCUGGUCCAGAGCCAGGCACAC